CCUUGAACUGCCGCACUUUCAUUACCAAAAGAGGACAUUUUAGGAAUUCAUUAAAGAAUCCCUUCUUUCUCGUUUAUUUAAUUCUGACAUAAUAUGCGACCACAGAUGUUUUUCGUGACUUUUCUCACUGUGAACGUAUGUAUCGGCAAUUAGCUAGGUAGCAACAUUGAUGCUCAUCAAGUCAUUUUAAUGAGGGGAUUUUAAGGCUUCGUGUCGGGGAAAAAUAAGUUAAUUAAGUCCAGUGUGGUGAUUUUCCACACUUGUUGGUUUAUGGACCGUCUGGUGCUGGUAAGAAAACACGGAUCAUGUGUCUGCUCAGAGAGUUGUAUGGACCCGGUGUCGAGAAACUCAGGAUUGAACACCAGUCCAUCACGACUCCAUCUAAAAAGAAGCUUGAAAUCAACACUAUUGCCAGCAACUAUCAUCUAGAGGUGAAUCCAAGUGAUGCUGGGAACAGUGACCGUGUGGUCAUUCAGGAGCUGAUAAAAACUGUCGCCCAGUCUCAGCAGAUUCAGUCCAGUGCUCAAAGGGAGUUCAAAGUGGUGCUGCUGACGGAGGUGGACCGUCUCACUAAAGAUGCCCAGCAUGCCUUGCGGCGUACGAUGGAGAAGUACAUGUCCACUUGUCGACUGAUCCUUUGCUGUAACUCCACCUCAAAAGUGAUUGGCCCCAUCAGGAGCAGGUGUCUGGCCGUGAGAGUCCCCCUGCCAAGUGUGGAAGAGGUGUGCAGUGUUCUGUCAGGCAUUUGCAGGAAGGAGGGGCUGCUGCUUCCUCCUGAACUGGCCAGACAGAUCGCUGAGAAAUCUGGCCGUAACCUCCGUAAAGCCCUGCUGAUGUGUGAAGCCUGCAGAGUUCAACAGUAUCCAUUCUCUCCAGACCAGGACAUCCCUGAGACAGACUGGGAGGUGUACCUCAGAGAGACUGCUAAUGCUAUAGUCAGCCAGCAAAGCCCUCAAAGACUUUUGGAGGUUCGGGCACGAUUGUAUGAACUUCUAACUCACUGCAUCCCACCAGAAGUCAUCAUGAAGGGCCUGGUGACAGAGUUGCUAAGUAACUGUGAUGGACACCUGAAGGCCGAGGUGGCUCAGAUGGCGGCGUACUAUGAGCACAGACUGCAGCUAGGCAGCAAAGCAAUCUACCACCUGGAGGCCUUUGUAGCUAAAUUCAUGGCCAUCUACAAAAAGUUUAUGGAAGAUGGACUUGACAACUUUAUGUUCUGAGCUAUUGUAGCCUAAAAUGAAUAAGAUAUAUUAGACAACUGUUUGUUUUUCAUAAUAAAAGCUAUUUAAAAUGUU